AUGACGAAGAGGAAGAGAUUCUCAGCGCCCCGGCCACGAGCAAGAAACAGAAAUGUCGCAGGUAGCCCGGUGACUCAACGCCGACGAUAUCGGCUGUCAUUAGGUGGCAAUACUCGAAGCCAGAAAACGCUGACACAAAUCAAUUUUGUGAAUCAGCCGUCCAUGCGCGAGUCACUGAGUGACUUGGACUUGGAAUAUAUUGAGGACGAGGAGAGCAGACAAGAUGCUACUCCACCAAAAACCCGCUCUCGCCGAAGAAAAGCAGAAUCUAGCGUCAGAAAUGACAGACUGAUUCAACCCGCAAACACUACUUUAACGCAAAUGGGCUACGGAACGAUACAAAGCGACAGUGAUGAAGAUGAUUGUCUGACAUUACCCACUGAGCGAACUGUACCUGCCCAGACUCGGAAACGGAAUUCGCGUAUUUUGGAGCCAGCAGAAGGGGAAUCACCUCUCCACAACAUAUCAGAGGUAGAAACAAACGGUUUUGUUCGCCCGAGAAAGAGAAGAAUAAGUUGUGAGAAAGAACACAGGGUCAAGAGGCUAGAUGACAAGCACAGAACGGAUUCAGAUUCUUUUGUUUUAAAGAGCAGUGACAAGCCACAUGGCUCUUCCAAGCCUAAGAAGAUAUCUAAACAUGUCCCUUCACCUGCGCGAAACAUAACAAAGGCCUCAGACCAAAAUAAAGCUAGGCUCUUUAGCUCGCCAAUCACACCCCAAAAAGUGCGGCCGCGUGUUGUCCCGUCAUCUCAAUCCCCGGAGAGCCCAGAACUGGUGCUCCGAAGUGCGAGCCACAAGGUCGCAACUACUCGAUCUUCACUAAAGUCGCAAUCUGACGAUAUUCCUUAUGACCACAUAACCAAUGUCCGCAUCAAUGGUUCUCCAUCUCCUUUUGGAGCCACUGUUAACACGGACUUCACCCAAGCAGCCUUUUCACUACCUCCCCCUAUCGACCAGGUGUUAGAAUCACCAAGUUUGCACACUAUAAACGGCAGAUCAAUACGAGAUAGAUGCCCUUCCUCUCCCCUGUCUUCAGUAUGCUCUCCGGAGGCCCCAUCGAAGUCCUUCCUUGGAGAGAUCCAACCUACGUUGACCCUAGGGCGACCUGUCUCUAGGAGCUCCGCCCAAUCCAAGGGAAGCACGCGACAGAUUGUAUACGAAACCGACGGUGAAACUGACAGCCAAUCCGAAAGGAUUUUCGUUCCUACUUCCCAACUGGCACCGCAUGAUAACAUUCCGUCAGGGCCAAUUGUUCACGGCUCUUCCCCCCAGUCCCCAAGCCCUAAACCACAGGGUGAAUCAACGGAAGCCGUUCCAAGCAUUUCAGACCCAGAUGCCUCUCUCCUUUAUUCCCGUCAUUACCUUACUUACCCUUAUGAGAAAUAUAUGGGAACACCGCGUCGAGGGGAUAUGGGGGAAAUAUUCGAAGGCCAUUUCGAAAGCCCUUCGGAUUCCAUAGAGCCAUCUCUUCCUGUACCCCCUCAUCUAAACAAUCGUACAUCUAUUCCAAAAGAGCUGAAUCUUACAGAGGACUUAUCAACGGAGUCCGUUCCCGAGUCCUCGCAGGUCCAACAGCACGACGCUGAGAUCCAGAAUACGCAACCACGCACAUCGCCGGCACCUAUAGUUCUAAUAGAAUCAUCUCAAGAACCCACAACUGGAACUAAUAACACUGGACCACAGAGCGACCCUCGAGGAAUCCUCACCACAAGCCAGCUGGUGCCUGAGAAUUUGAUGGACAGCAUACCGCCUCCGCCAGGUUGGAUGCCUAGCCAAGUUAUUGACCAAGAGGACAUAUGA